CAUAAAAACCCAGCCUGGUCCUCACUCACUCAUUCACAUUCUCCAAUCCAGAAAGUAAAACAGAGAAAAAUUCAUCCAUCAAUGGCGGCUUCGUCGCUUCUCUCUCUCAUCUCUGUCUUUUGCCUCUUAUUAGCUUCAUCUUCAGCAUCUAUAGCUCCCAAACCCAAAACCACCACCACCACCAUCACUAUCCCUCUCUCACCAUUCUUCUCCAAACACCCAUCCUCAGAUCCGGUCAAGACCCUCAAUUCCCUCGCCUCUGCUUCUCUAACCAGAGCCCGCCACCUCAAGCGCCCCAAAUCCAGCUCUCCACUCGCCAAAACCCAAGUCUUCCCUCACAGCUAUGGAGGCUACUCUAUCUCCCUCAGCUUCGGCACACCCCCACAAACCACAUCUUUCCUUUUGGACACUGGCAGUAGCCUCGUCUGGUUCCCCUGCACCUCUCGCUAUCUCUGCUCCAGUUGCAACUUUCCCAACAUCGACCCGCAAAAAUUCCCAACUUUCAUUCCAAAGCAAUCAUCUUCUUCGAAGAUUGUGGGUUGCGAAAACCCCAAAUGUGCCUGGAUUUUUGGCCCAAAUGUGCUCUCUCGUUGCAAAGAUUGCAGCUCAUCUUCCAAAACCUGCUCACAGGGUUGCCCUCCGUACUUCCUUCAAUACGGUUCUGGGUCAACCGCCGGGUUGUUACUUUCCGAGACCCUGGAUUUUCCCGAGAAAUCCGUCCCAGAUUUUGUCGUCGGAUGCUCCAUAUUAUCGACCAGACAACCCGCCGGCAUUGCCGGGUUCGGGCGCGGCCCCGAAUCGCUGCCCUCACAACUGGGUCUCAGCAAAUUCUCUCACUGUCUACUCUCACGCCGCUUCGACGACACCACGGAGAGCAGUGACCUUGUUUUGUACCGUGGGCACGGUUCUGCCAAGGCCCCGGGCCUGAGCUACACGCCGUUCCACAAAAACCCCAUUACCAAUAACUCCGCACUCCGUGAAUACUACUACUUAACGCUUCGCAAAGUGAUCGUGGGCAAUAAGGCCGUCAAGAUCCCCUACAAAUUUCUUGUCCCGGGGGCCGAUGGUAACGGUGGGACCGUGGUGGACUCGGGAACGACCUUCACCUUCAUGGAAAGCCCGGUCUUCGAACCCGUGGCACGCGAGUUCGAGACCCAGAUGGCUAACUAUUCUAGAGCUCUUGACGUGGAAGCCAGGUCCGGUUUGAGGCCGUGUUUCAAUAUUGCGAAUCAGAAAACGGUGAAUAUUCCGGAUUUAACCUUUGAAUUCAAAGGCGGUGCGAAGUUGGCAUUGCCCUUUGUGAAUUAUUUUGCGCUUGCUGGUAACGUUAGCGUCGUGUGCCUGACUCUUAUAACGGACAGUGGGGUCGGUCCGGGGAUGGCUAGCGGUCCGGCGAUCAUAUUUGGAAAUUUUCAGCAGCAGAAUUUCUAUGUGGAGUAUGAUUUGGAAAAUGAGAGGUUUGGCUUCCGGCAACAGAGUUGCAAGAAGUGAGCUGGCGUAACGGUAGGACAAAUAAUAGCUGGCUGCGAGGGCCAUGAAUCCAUAAUGGAGAUUGGUCUCUAAUCUCUAUUGGAUGGGCACGCCCAUGUGAGUACGGUUGGGAGAAGAGUAAAGCUCGUGAUGUAGCUGGGCAAUGGCGGAUAAUGUGCUUUUAUGGUUAAUUCUGGGAUGCCGGUGAAAUUUAGAUUUAUUUACUAAUUUUGUUUUUCUUACGACGAUUGUUCAAUUAGUUAAAGUAAAAGGCUAUGGUCAUAUUAUUAUGAUCUUUCAUUAAUAAUUUAUUAAAAAAUUCAUCGAGGUAUGAUUGUAAUAUGUUCGUGUUGUGUCGGUACUAGCCGUUAUAUA